GGCUGCACGAAGGAGAUUUCAGCGGGAAAAUAAUGACGGUUCGUCCAUAGUCAUCACACAUUACGGAAAUGAUAAAUGAAGGAGAAAUUAGCUCUUGGUAUUAGCUUUCACGACUUGCCCGCGGUUAAUCUUACCACAGUUGUCCUAGCAUCUCCAAACCGACGUCGACAUCAGGGGAUGUCUACACAACAAAAAAAUGGAAAGAUCGUGAGCUUCAUGUGGAUGGGAUAAUGAACAGAAUGAUGAUAUGAAUAGCAAGUGACCAAGAUACUGACAACAUGUAAUAUAUUUUAGUAUUGCUAUAUCACAUCGUGUGUCACUUUCAUCCGUAAUCAAUAUUGGAUCUUCGAUUAGUAAGGAAUAGUAUUCGGUGAGUAAUCAUGGAGAAAAAGAAACAGAUUCAAGAUUCAAGAUUCAGUGGGAUUAUCAACCCUCCAUCUCUCCGCCAGCGCAUGCCUGAAAUCAAGAAUCCUAGCUGAUCACCCGCCGUUUCUACGUCAGUCACGUGCUCACACCGUUGUCUUGGAUACACCUGGACAAGGAAACUUCCAUAUUAGGAAAAGGUCAAAGGUUAAAGUUUAAGGACAAGACUGUCGUCAAUGAUCACAUCAGUGAAGCAUAAAGGGAACUCGCCGACACAAAAGAACGUCAAAUAAAAGGACACUCGGAGUGCGAGAAACGACCAAUAUCUGUAUCAGCGAACACGGGUUCGGAGUGUGCUUGGAAAUUAAGAGCGCCCUGAUCAGAAAAACAAUUUGCGUUCGCUGAGUCAUUUUCAUUAUGAAUGACGAUUUCUCUGGAUAUCAUAUACCAAAUGUCACUGGUAAUAACUCAGCAGUUUUGGAUGUAUUCGACACGUCAACCAUGGGUAAUUACGUCUCAACUGUGGAAGAAAUUUCAGGACUUCGGAAAUUCGAGGAAUGGUAUAAACCCAUACACGGAUACCUAGCGGCCAUUGUUUGUGUUUUUGGAGUGAUCGCUAAUAUAUUAAAUAUUGUAGUAUUGACGAGAAAAAAUAUGCAAACUUCCACUAAUGUCAUUCUAACUGGAUUAGCUAUAUCGGAUGGCGUUACUAUGGCCGCUUACUUCCCUUGGGCUCUUUGGAUGUACAUUAUAUAUGGAACGGACGUCAGUCCGAAACGGGACACGCUUGAAUGCGCACGUUUCCAGAUGUGGUACGCCAUUUUUAGUGUGAUCGUCCACUCUAUAUCAAUAUGGCUGACCGUCACUCUUGCAGUAUUUAGGUUUAUAUUCAUACGUUUCCCACGGCGAGGAACAAGAUAUUGCAAUAUACAGCGAGCAAAAUUGGCGGUUGUAAUCGUCGUUAUCGUCGUAACCAUCGUCUGUAUACCAAACUCUGUUAAUUACGAGAUUUACGAUGGCUUCGCAGGAGAAAUCAUUGGGCCCCAAUGGGGGAACGCUUCAGUGUAUUGGGUAAAUCAAAAGAAAAACACCGACUUUCAAGAAUUUAUCAACAAAUUUAAUUUCUGGAUUCAGGCAUUGCUCGUAAAACUAUUACCAUGCGUAAUGCUUACAGUUUUCAGUUUUCUACUCGUCAAGACGAUGAGAGAUGCGGAAAAACGCCGAAAGAAGCUACUGAGCAAGACUCCGGUCUCUGAUGGAGAGAGCGGCGCCACAUCAAGUGGAGGGGGAAAUCACAAAAAGAACAAGAAAGGCAACAGAAGCAAUAGAACAACAACCAUGUUGUUACUGGUCGUGUUGUUAUUUCUUCUGACGGAGACCCCCCAGGGAGUUCUGAGUGUCCUCAGCGGCCUCAUAAAGGGAUUUUUCCGGAACGUAUACACCCCUCUCGGGGACCUCAUAGACAUUGUGGCCUUGAUCAACAACGGAAUUAAUUUUGUUCUUUACUGCACCAUGAGUAAACAAUUCCGAGACACAUUUUUUAACAUUUUCCUUCGGAACUCUCCGGGAGAUCGACGAAAGACUACGACAACAUACAUCACCACGCAACAGACGCAUGCUACUAAGGAUUCGGACGUGUAACACACGUGUUAAUCAGCAAAGGAUGCGUGCAUGGACGUGUAAUACGCCUGCGAAUUAUACGUAUAUAUUAUAAAUAUAUUGUUAAUUAUAUAUUAAAAACGCAUUCAUUCAAAAUGGAUUGGUAUGGACGUGCAAGCCGCGCAUGCGUGUAUGCGUGAUAUGGCAAAGAUGUUUUCACUAACUUGGUCAUUUUCAUGGAUAAUCACGUGAUUAUUAAAUAGAGUACACGUGUAUGGAAAAGCACGUGUUCUGCAGAAGAUAUGUAUAAAAGACUCGCCAUCACGUGAUAUUCAUUCAUAUGAAUAAUUACGUAAGAAGGUAAUGUAUCAUAAUAUUUUGUAAAUAUAUCUAUAAAUAUAUACAGUAUAUCGACUGAGCCAUAUAUCUCUCCAUAUAAUUCUAUUUAUCGGUCUAUUUAAACGUGUUGUAUGGUUACUGGUCGACCGUCAUAUACAAUAUGUUUCCGUGGCGUUUCGUUUUGACAAAUCUUCUGUAUGUCACACAGGACCUGUUUCCGUGGCUGGUAUUUCUUUUUGACAAAAAAAAUAAACUGUUUCGGUGGCGCGCUGUGUUUAAACUGCGUUUCUUGUAACUCGCUAAACAUUUCUAAAACUUUUCACUGAAAAUGGUAAUUAGCUUUGUGUAUCUCCAAUAUUUCUCCAAAUCACUGAGAAAGUGUCAAUUUUUAUUGAUUAAUCGUGGGAAUAGAACAAAAAAUGAGCUUGAGCGCAGAAAAUGAGAACGAACUUGGCUAUUGGCUAAUUCCGAUAUUGCAUUUCGCAGCAGCUAUGGGAAAAACAGUAUCCCCGACUUUCAAGGCAUACAUGUGUAUUUACAUGUUAAAUGAAAAGUAGAAAUAACGAAAUUCCAGAUGAACGAUACAAGAAAUGUCUCGAUAUAAUUUUAUUUACGAUUACCAGGAAAAUUGACACUGUAGCAUUCUUGGUUAACCAAUGCAGCGACACGAAUCGAGGAUUAUUUUUUGUGAAUAUUGUUAUUUCGUUUAAAAUUUGAAAUAGCAAGAUUUCACUAUACAUGUAAACUGUCUGUAACAUUGAAAAAAGUUAUAAAUUUCACUAUUUUAGAUGCUAAAAUUGUUCCGUAUUAUUCGUGUUUUCAGAAAUAGUACAUUUUUUUUUAUUAUGUUUGCUAUUUGUAUAGGAUGUUUUGUUGCUGUGUAACCACAGUAUCGGCCUGUCUAUCACAUACACAAUAGAUUUGAAACAAAAUUUGGUGUAAUAUGAUUUUUUUCUCUCAAAUGUGUUGAAUAUUUGUAUACACACAUGUCGUAAUACUCUAAGCGAUUUUUUCAUUAAAUUGAUUGCCUUACCAAAGGUUGCUUGAUGUGUAGGUCUGCGAAAAAAACUUACACUUAAAUUGGAAAACUUAAAGGCAAUGUAUAUCGGUUUUGAUUGAUGUCAUGUCAAAAAGGUAUUUGUAUGCUUAUAUAAUUCCUUUGGGAAGCAAUGUAUAUCUUACUCAAUUUGUUUUUUUCGUAAAUGGGUUUUUAUUUAUGAUUUUUUUUUUUUUUUAUGUUCAUAUAUCUUUUAAGGGAAAGAAUUACCCAAUGAAAUGAGCGUGUUUAUCACACUUGUCUCACACAUCUUUUUACGUGAUUGAAUGUUAUGCCUGUUUUUUUUUUUUUAUUAAAUUGGUGUUUAUAACAAAUAUAAAAUAUCCCGUACAAUCAAAUUUUAACAUUAAUGUGUUUCAUGACGUCAUUAUAUGUUGUUAUGACGUCGUCGCAUCGUGUUAUUCAUUGGCAUAUUUCAGACAUUAUAUAACUUCAUGCGAUUGAAGGUUUGAGAUCGCUCAUAACCCCGUGUAUUAAGGAGCCUCGCUAAUCCGGACACGUCAACGUAUGUCUACAUAGGAAUCUCCCUAAUUGGGACACUUAAUGUCUGUAUCCAAAGGAAUGUUCACAUUUGACAAUUUUCUGAACCCUACUACUCUGGACAACUCAAUGUUUGUGUAUACAGGAUUUUCGCUAGUGCAGACAUUUUAGCGUCUUUUCGCUAGCAAAUACACUUAAAUUGCCGCGAAGAAAUUUCUUGUUGGUCUUCGCACAUCCGAACACUUCGGUGAGGGAAACACCUUUCUUGGUGGUCUUUUCCGGUAUUUCCAUGUUUCUUUGACGACUAUCCUGAAAAAGAAGUGGUGUUUCUUUGAAUUUAAAAAAAGAAAUGUAACCUAAUGACUUCCAUUGUAAAUCUUUGCAAAUAAGUAAAUUUUAAAAUUGAACAUUGUCUUUAUUUUUCGUUCUUGCAUCGAUGCUACAUUUCAAUUUCCGUAAGGUGAGAUAUUCGAAUCGGCCGAAUUAACGAGGUUCCACAAUCAACAUUUGUACACGUCAUGAAUUUGAUGAGAUUUAUGAUAUUUUUUCAUUAUAGACUUUAUCUAUUGUAAACCACAUGUUGAAACAAUGUAUGUACAAUGUGUAUAGUUAUAAUUGAACCAAAAAAACAAAAUUCAUAUACUGAUAUACUUACUGUAAGUCACGUCAUUUUCGCGAGAAAAAUAUUUUCGCAUUAAUUUUAGAUGAAAAUCUUUGAAAUUCAACUAUAUUACGAUAAGGCAUUUUGUUCAUUUGAACAGGGCAUUUUAUAAUUUGUUUUGCUUCUUCCACCUAGUCUUUGCGAA